UUGAGGAAGACUUUCCGUCCCGCCUCCCUUGCAUGUCCGGCUUACAGUCGUUUACGACAGUGUCAGGAUCGCGGGCUUGCUUUCCGGUAGCGUGGGCUGACGCCUCGCUCAAUUUCCCACAGGGCUGCGCAGGUUUGCCCCUUCUGCGAAUGGACCACUGGAGGGGUUCAAAGGUUCGCGUCCCAAUACGGGAAUGAGCCUCUUUGAUCUCUUCCGGGGCUUUUUCGGCUUUCCUGGACCUCGGAGCCACAGAGAUCCCUUUUUUGGAGGGAUGACUCGAGAUGAAGAUGAUGAUGAGGAAGAAGAGGAAGAAGGGGGUUCAUGGGGCCGUGGGAACCCAAGGUUCCAUAGUCCUCAGCACCCCCCUGAGGAAUUUGGCUUCGGCUUCAGCUUCAGCCCAGGAGGAGGGAUACGUUUCCACGAUAACUUCGGCUUUGAUGACCUAGUACGAGAUUUCAAUAGCAUCUUCAGCGAUAUGGGGGCCUGGACCUUGCCUUCCCAUCCUCCUGAACUCCCAGGUCCUGAGUCAGAGACACCUGGUGAGAGACUGCGGGAGGGACAGACACUUCGGGACUCAAUGCUUAAGUAUCCAGAUAGUCACCAGCCCAGGAUCUUUGGGGGGGUCUUGGAGAGUGAUGGAAGAAGUGAAUCCCCCAAACCAGCACCAGACUGGGGCUCCCAGAGACCAUUUCAUAGGUUUGAUGACAUAUGGCCUGUGGACCCCCAUCCUAGAACCAGAGAGGACAAUGAUCUUGAUUCCCAGGUUUCCCAGGAGGGUCUUGGCCCGGUUCUACAGCCCCAGCCCAAAUCCUAUUUCAAGAGCAUCUCUGUAACCAAGAUCACUAAACCAGAUGGGGUGAAUAGUGGAGGAGCGCCGGACUGUGGUGGACAGUGAGGGCCGGACAGAGACUACAGUAACCCGACACGAAGCAGAGAGCAGUCCUAGGGGUGGUAAGUUAAAAGACAAAGGGGUUCAUCUCAAGAUUCCUUGGGGAAGGGAACUCUUACUCUUCUACCCUUGAAUAUUAUUUCUCUCCUUUGCUUCUGCCUGGUCUCUUUCAUUUAGCCUAUUUGUGUGUAUGACUUUCUUCCUUAGAUCCAGAAUCACCAAGACCUCCAGCCCUGGAUGAUGCCUUCUCUAUCCUGGACUUAUUCCUAGGACGUUGGUUCCGGUCCCGGUAGCCUUGUUAACCCUCAGAGGCCUUCAAAGUCCUUUCCACCUUUCACCCAUUGCCUACCAUUAAUAAGCUUAGCUUCUCCUCUUGCCACCUCAGGGGCUUGGAUAUGUGGAAUAGUGAAUUGGGGGCAUGUCAGUUUGUCACUCACCCAAACUGACCAAUAAAACUUUUAUUUAUGCUAA